ACCAGGCCACCUUAGGUGUGCUUGCUAUUUGCUUAACAGGGUUUAAUGCAUGCAAGUCCGUGUUCUCCUGUUUGCCCCAUUUAUAAAUUCAUUACAAGGAAGUUAGUCUCCCACUGUGAGCAAACGUUCCUCAUUCAGCCAUGCACAAUAGAAUAAUUUCACAUUCAGUCAAGAAAAAUGAUAAACAAAUCAAUCCUCUCCAGGUGUUUAAAUCUUGUUGCUUGUUCUUCCUAUACAAGAUUCCCUGAUUUUCCUUUAAAAUAAGGAAAGCACACAGGAUAACAGCUUCCAAUUUCACAUAAACUGUGUACUGUAGGAUAAUUGCUAACAGAGCAUUGCUGGUCUUGCUUCACACCUUGUUAGCACUGCAAUUAGCUUUCUUUACAUUUACUGAUUGCUGUUUUGCAUAUUUGACUUAAUUCUAUCUUGUUUUAAAGCUUAUAGGCCACUGUCUUGUAGAAUUGUUAUAAAUUGUGUCAGUAGGCCUACAGGCAAUCAUUUCAACACAAGUUUCUGGACAAAGCUGAACCUGAAGAGUUGGUACACGCUACAAUGUUGGAUUUGGUCUUUAUAUUUAUUUUUGUGCAUGGAUGUACUUCACGGCCAACUGAAAACUUAGGGGACAUUGCUAUCACAGCAGAGGAUCCAACCCAAAUAAGAUAUGAAGCUCUCAGAAGACUGUUAAAAGUUUUUGGAAUUGAUGACCCCCCACAUUCUAUACAUCAUAUUAAGCAACCCCCUCAGUAUAUGAUUGAUCUUUAUAAUACCAUUGCUGAUGCAGAUGGUGUUACCAAGGAUCCCAAUCUUCUAGAGGGAAACACCGUUAGAAGUUUCUUUGACAAAGUUCACAGUGACCAGUUGUAUUUCCUGUUCAACCUUUCGACCGUGACUAAAAAUGAGAAAAUUCUAACAGCCGAACUGCAUCUCUUCAAACUGAAACCGAGGCCUACCGAUUACUUUAAUUUCAGAAGGCAUCACUUCUGCCAGAUAAGUGUGCAUCUUGUUUUGGAUAAAAAUAAAAUGCACUUGCCUCAAGGAAGAAAACUGCUGUCAUCAAAACUUGUUCCAAUCUAUUCUCCUGGAUGGGAAGUUUUUUCCAUUACGCAAGCUGUUCGCAUUUGGAAUGACGAUAGCAACAAUCAGGGUAUUCUUGUAACAGUGAGAAAUCUUGGAGGAGGACCAACUGAUGUUAAUAGUAUCCACUUUGCUUCAGGAAAAGACCACCAUGAAAGUAAACAGCCCAUGCUUGUUCUUUUCACUGAUGAUGAAACAAGAGGAGCUGUGUCAUUUAGCAACCAGCCAGAUAACAACCAAUUGUCAAUACCCAACGAACCUUAUAUCUCAGCUUCAAAUAGAACCAGGAUGGCUAGAGCUGUACAGGAAGAUGGGCACAUGCCCUGCCAGAGACAUCCUCUCUAUGUCGAUUUUGAAGAGAUUGGGUGGUCAGGAUGGAUCAUCUCUCCAAGAGGAUACAACGCUUAUCAUUGUAAGGGAUUAUGUCCAUUCCCACUUGGAGAAAACAUGCGACCCACCAACCAUGCAACAGUGCAAUCUAUAAUUAAUGCACUAAAACUAACACAAGGUGUCAACAGUCCAUGCUGUGUUCCUGACAAACUUUUCUCUAUAAACUUGCUUUACUUUGAUGAUGACGAAAAUGUUGUUUUAAAACAGUAUGAUGAUAUGGUGGCUGGUAGCUGUGGAUGUCACUGAAGAGGGAAUAUAUGAAAACAACAGUACAUUGUAAGUAAUAAAUGAGCAAAUAAUUUUUCAUACUGGGGCCCUUACAGAACUGGGCAGAUUCACAGAUAUUUUAAAAUCUUUUCUUAUCAGCCUAGUGAACUAAUGUGCUCAUGCUAAUAAUUAUAUGUUUAAACUUUUAAAUGGGCACAGUAGAAAGACUGUUACCCCUUGAAUGCACACGCUAUUUACCCCAUGAUAUUAAGUGAUUAAUUUUACGUGUGUGUGUUGCAUUUUCACCCUCUGACUUCCAGCUAGAGUAAACUGGUGAGAUUUUGGUUUCUGGAGAUUUUCUGCAUUGUCAGUCAAAAUAACAUUAUUUACGCAGUAGAACAUUAUCUUAAUUUUGUGUAAAAACACUGCAGUAAUAAACACUAAAUCUCAUUAACUUGCUUACUCUCUGUCGGUAGGUCAAAUAAUUAAAUUAAAAUACAUGUAACUUACUAUAAAACUAUUUAAAAAAACACUGAGUUAUCCAACUAAUUUUAAUGUAUAAUAUUGAUGUCAUAUUUUAUGUUUUUGCAUUUUUUUAUAAUUUAAGA